AUGGCGAGCGACAAGAGCUUGGUGAAGAAACAGUCCAAGAUAAAGACUUAUGUUAAGGAAUGGCCAUCUACGAAUCCAUCAUCCUGCUCGCGGUCAAUACCUGCCAAGACGAACGACAAUUUACAGAAACUUGUAUUGCCGCAUCUGGAUUCAUUCAACUUCUUUCUUACGGAGGGCCUGGACCUGGCAAUAGCCGAUAUGUGCAAGGUGCCUGUAGAGCUACCAAACCAACACCGGAUGGACCUAUGGUUUGAGAACGCACAGAUUGGCUAUCCGACGACGGACAACCAAAUCACUGGCGAACAAAAGCUGUUGCCCAGCGAGUGUCGUCAGCGUGGCGUCUCAUACACGGCGCCUCUCGUCGUAACAUUGGCACGCUCCUUUGGUGGAUCGCACAAGGUUGAGCGUAUUCAGCGCGUAGUGGGUGAGAUUCCUAUCAUGGUACGCUCAAAGCGCUGUCACUUGAGCGGCAUGACGCCGUCGGAGCUUGUCAAAGCUCGGGAAGAGGCCAAUGAGAUGGGAGGCUACUUUAUUUGCAAUGGUAACGAGCGUUGCGUGCGUCUACUGCAGAUGCCGCGUCGUCACCACAUCAUGGCUGUGCGUCGUGGUGCUUUUGCCAACCGUGGCGACCUGUACACGGAACUGGCAGUUUUUAUGAAGUGUGUUAAGCGCGAUCAGACUGCUGUGACGGUCACUGUGCACUAUUUGCAGGAUGGUAACGCUACUGUGCGUUUUGGAGUUAGGAAACAGGAGUUUAUGAUUCCCGUCGGUCUGGUGCUUAAGGCACUGUACCCACUAACGGACCGUGAAAUCUAUGAGCGCGUGUUGCGUGGAGACCACGAAAACACGUACUUGUCUGCACGCGUGGAGCUUAUUCUGCGCGAAGCCAAAAAGUUUUCGUUGUAUUCGCGUGAUGAAGCGCUGGCAUACUUGGGCAAACACUUCCGUUUUGCAAUGCCAUACGUGUAUGACAACAUGAGCAAUGUGGAAGUUGGCAGCAAACUGUUUGAUGAAUUUAUGUUUGUACACAUCCCAAAGGGCGAGAAGGGACGAACGCAAAAGGUUGAGCUGCUGUGUCUGAUGCUGCGUAAGCUGUAUGCAUUUGCGAAGGGUGAUAUUUCUGAGGAUAACUCUGAUUCUGUCAUGAACCAUGAACUGUUGCUUCCUGGACAUUUGUAUCUAAUGAUCAUGAAGGAAAAACUACAGGAAUCUCUUGUAGCGAUGCGCGCUAACAUUUUGAAGGAGACGCAAAACAAAAAGAAGAGUGUCGUGAUGGACCAGGUUUUUUUACGUAAAAUGUGGGAUCGUACUUCUAACAUUGGUAAUGCAAUGACCUAUUUCCUUAACACAGGUAAUUUGCGCUCAACAAGCGGUCUUGAUCUGUUGCAGAUUGCAGGCUACACUAUCGUUGCUGAGAAGUUGAAUUACUACCGUUAUUUUUCGCAUUUUCGCUCCGUUCAUCGUGGUCAGUUUUUCACGGAAAUGAAGACGACAACUGUGCGUAAGCUACUGCCCGACUCGUGGGGUUUCCUUUGCCCCGUGCACACUCCCGAUGGAUCACCGUGUGGUCUGCUGAACCAUUUGGCUGUAGAGUGUCAACUUGUGUGUCAUCCAGCGUUCAAGGCGAAUGACUUUUUGCAGCAAGAAGUCAAACUGUCCCGCUUCUUGGCAAGUCUUGGAAUGAUUGCCACCUCGGGAUAUGCCGAUGGCUCUUUGAUCGUGCCAUACUCUUAUUUGCCUGUGAUGAUGAACGGUAAGGUACUGGGUGGCGCACCUGCGGAGGUUUGUACGCGUAUCGCAGGUGUUUUGCGCAAGAUUAAGUCAGCAGAAAGCUCGAACGAACGAGAUGCUAAUGGUAUUGUACCAAACCUUGAGGUGUGUCUUAUUCUGCCAACCCUUGGUGGUCCCUUUCCAGGCUUAUUUUUGUCGGCAGACGCUGCUCGUAUGUCGCGUCCAGUGAUGCAGAUGGAAACUAAAUGUAUCGAGUACAUUGGGCCCAUGGAGCAGGUGUUUAUGGAUAUUGCGUGCACGAAAGAUGACAUCCGGCCAGCCACGACUCACAUGGAGAUUAAACCCACGAACAUGCUGUCCCUCGUGGCCUCCCUGACUCCGUUUUCUGAUUACAAUCAGUCUCCUCGUAACAUGUACCAAUGCCAAAUGGCAAAACAGACUAUGGGUACGCCCGCCCACUCAAUUAUGCACCGUUCAGAUAACAAGAUGUAUCGUAUCCAGUCUCCUCAGAUUCCAAUCGUACAGAAUGAACGAUUACGUAAAUACCAGCUCGAUGAGUAUCCUUUGGGCACUAACGCUGUGGUGGCCGUAAUUUCGUACACGGGUUUUGAUAUGGAGGAUGCUAUGAUCUUAAAUAAGUCGUCAUACGAGCGUGGUUUUGCGCACGCGUCAGUGUAUAAGCAGCUGACUGUAGAUAUUAGCUCCAGCGGCAAGCAGGGUAGCUCGACAUCAAAGAAGUAUUUCUCCAACAUUAAGACCGAUGGCAGCGGUGAGUUUUGCUCCACGAAGUUAGACCGUGACGGCUUCCCGCACAUUGGCCAGGUCGUGAACUAUGGCGACCCAAUUACUAGCUGGAUUGAUGAGACCACCGGACUGCCUUCAUUUCAAAAGCACAAAGAGAGUGAACCGGCAAUUGUCGAACAGAUUAACAUGAUUGGUAGCUCGUCUCAGGCGUCCGAGUUCACCAAAGCUAGCAUAAAGCUGCGAUUCUGCCGUAAUCCGACGAUCGGUGACAAGUUUUCGUCGCGUCACGGACAGAAGGGUGUCAUGAGUAUUCUGUGGCCUCAGGCCGAUAUGCCGUUUUCUGAGUCCGGCAUAUCCCCGGACAUUAUUAUUAACCCGCAUGCUUUUCCCUCUCGUAUGACCAUCGGUAUGCUUAUUGAGUCGAUGGCCGCCAAGACGGGUGCUUUGAAGGGCAAAUACAUGGAUUCCACGCCGUUCCAGUUUAGUGAGAAAGACCGCGUUAUUGACUACUUUGGAUCGCAGCUGAAGCAGCAUGGUUACAACUACAUGGGCAGUGAACCGCUGUACUCAGGUAUUUCUGGUACAGUCAUGCAGGCGGACAUAUAUAUCGGCGUUGUGUAUUAUCAGCGCUUGCGUCACAUGGUUAGCGACAAAAGCCAGGUUCGUGCUACGGGUCCAAUGAAUUCGCUUACUCGCCAGCCUGUAAAGGGCCGUAAGAAGGGUGGAGGUAUCCGUUUUGGUGAGAUGGAGCGCGAUUCGAUGCUUGCACACGGUUGUGCGUUCCUGCUGCAGGAUCGUCUGAUGAACUGUUCGGACAAGCACAUUGCCACUGUCUGCACCAACUGUGGCAGUCUGUUGUCGAAUGCCACGCAACGUUCGACGAUCGAGACUGCUGGUCAGGGAGAGGUUGCCAUCGCUAUGAAGUCCAAGACUCAAUGGUAUUGUACAGUUUGUCAAACCGGUAAGAGUUGCCAGGCCGUUGCCAUGCCUUAUGUAUUCCGCUACUUGGCCAACGAGUUGGCCGCAAUGAAUAUCAAAAUGUCUCUUACGCUAAAAGGAUGCUAG